GAAAAACGGACAGGGGGAGCUGAAGUGAGCGUCGCAUAUCUGGCACCCACCUCCUCAAACCCAUAUCCCCCCCUUUCGACCACCGAACCCAAGGAAUUAUCUACCGCAUCACAAACACCACCGAGCGACAACCACGAUAAGAGCCGACGACAUCAUGCUCGGCAACCUAGACAUGAACCCGGAGCUGGUCCCCCGCAUCAAGCUGGGCCUGCACAUCGUCCAGUUUGUCCUGUCCUUCGUCAUCUGGGCGUUGGAGAUUGCGGUUUUCAGAGCCGACAAUGCCUUGAUCGUUGGCAACAAUGGCUGGACCUUUGCAGUGUGCUUCCUCUCGUUUCCCGCAUGGAUUUAUCUGAUUAUGGCACCUCGGUGGCCGAGGACGAGAAAACUGGCCAACCCGUAUGCCAUGGCCAUCGUCGACGCUGUUUUCACCAUCAUUUGGCUUUCCGCCUUUGCAAGCCAGGCAGCAUACAACACGGCCAACCAGUGCGGCGAUGCCUGCAAACUCAGCAAGGCCAUCGUGGGCUUGGGUGUUUUUGUGACCCUCCUCUUCGUUGGCUCCACAUUUGUCAGUCUGUACACCCUCAAGUACUACCAGUUCCACGGAACUCUCCCCGGCUACGACAAGCAGAAGCUCGGUGACAACAUCGACCCCGACAAGGCCGCUUUCUCCAUGGCUCCCCAUGACGAGGAGGCCUACGCCCCCGUCCAGAUGGACGACCACAACGACGACAACACGACCCUCUACGGCGGAACCAACGCCCCCGUCGGUGGUUACAACAGCGGCAGCUACAACAGCCGCUACGGCGCUGAGGACGACGACCCGAACCGCUACGGCUCCUUGCCCUCGCGCCAGAACGGCGCCAUGUUCGACAGCGAGACCGAGUACCACUCCCAGCAUCCUGGCUCAUCGGUCUCUCCCGCGCCCGUACAGCCGUACACGGCGCCCGCCUACGACGACGACCGGCCGGCGCAGUUCCCUGCUGCCAACUACGAUCGCACGUUGCAUUAGAACGAAGCGUCCUUUCAGCGGCAAGCGAGCGAGGGGCUGCGAUGGUAGGGCCAUGGCCCGCCACUGAGUUUCAUUUUCAGUCUUUUUUGGUUGAGGGACUGUGCCCAGUGUUCAUAUAGAUGGCUUGGAUUUUAUUUCCGGAUCACGAGGUGUUGUUGGCGUCCCAUUUGUACAGAGGUUAUCGCAACGAUACCAGGCAUGAGCUCCAUAGGUAGACAUCAAAUUUGAUGAAGUGACGUUCAAAAGUCAAAAAACAAAAGUUCUAGAUGACCGAUGCUUUCUUCUUGUUAUCGUGGGCGUGAA